AUGAUCAUCACGCGCAAAAGCUCUCUUCAACUUCUCCAUGUUUUUCUCCUUGUGGUAUUACCAUACUUGAACCUUGCACUCUCCACCUUGGGAUCAAGAGUUGGAGAUCAUGCUGAAAUAAUCAGGUGCAUAGAGAGGGAGAGACAAGCUCUCCUCAAGUUCAAGCAAGAUCUUAUCGACGAUUAUGGUCGUCUCUCUUCUUGGGGGAGUACUAAAGACUGUUGCAAAUGGGAAGGGGUCCACUGCAGCAACCACAAUACUACUACAAGUCACGUCACCAUGCUCGAUCUUCGUGGUGAUCUGGGAGGUAAGAUUAGCCCUUCAUUGCUUGAAUUACACCAUUUGAGGUACUUGGACCUUAGUGAGAAUGACUUUUCUGGCCCAAUUCCUCAUCAGUUUAGCAACCUUUCCAACUUGAGGCACCUUGCUCUCUGCGGGAAUUUUAUGCUGAAUAGCCAAAACCUUGAGUGGCUUUCUCAUCUUUCUUUACUAAGUCACCUUGACCUUUAUGGGGUUUCACUCAGUAAAGCAACUGGUUGGGCUCAAUCCAUCAGCAAUCUCCCUCUCCUCAAAGUGUUGUACUUGUUUGAUUGUUCCCUUCCUAAUGUCACUCAUUCAUCCUCGAUCCGUUCUAACUAUUCUAUGUCCCUAUCCUUCAUUGAUCUUUCUUACAAUAGUCUAUCUUCUUCGAUAUUCAAUUGGUUGCUAAACUUUAGUAGCAGCCUUGUUGAUAUCAACCUCGCAAGGAACGAGUUAAAAGUUAAUAAUCUAACGGAAGAGCUUCACAAGUUUCUGGAAAAGUUGUCUGGGGCAAAGAAUUCAUUAGAGAGUUUGGUUUUAAUUGACAACCGACUUCAAGGCCCAUUGCCUGAUUUCACUAGAUUUUCUCUGUUGGGAGAAUUGAACCUUUGCAUAAUCUCUAAAGCCCACUUCUCCAAUCUCUUCAGUUUGUCCGAUUUGGGCUUCUCUUAUAAUGCACUUACUAUUAAUUUCAGUUUUGAUUGGAUUGACGGCUUGUUGCCGGAUCUUUCUUUAAGUUUUCAGGAUAUUCCAGGAAUAGGAAUAGGAAUAGGAAUAGGAAUAGAUUUAAGUUAUAAUCUUCUUACUGGUCCAAUACCACUAGUUCCUCAGAGUGUAUCAUCUUUGAAUCUCUCCAAGAAUAAGUUUAGAGGCUCGCUUUCUUUCUUAUGCGCAAUAACUGGAGAGUGGCUCAAAUAUCUUGAUCUUUCAAAUAAUGGACUAUCAGGAGAGCUUCCAUAUUGUUUGUCCCGCUUCAAAAGAGUAUCUAUCAUUAGCUUGGCAACCAAUAAUUUGUACGGGGAAAUUCCGAGCUCCAUUGGCUCGCUAAGUCAAAUUCAAACAUUGAACUUGCGCAAUAACAAUUUGUCCGGGGAAGUGCCUUCUUCUCUUAAGAGAUGCACAAUGCUGGGUAUUAUUGACUUCAGAGGAAAUAGAUUCACAGGAAAAGUACCAACAUGGUUGGGGACACACCUAACAAGUUUGCUUGUCCUUAUUCUUCGAUCCAAUGAGACUAACAAUUAUGACCCAUUUGUCUAUUACUCUCUGUUUGAUAUACAUUUUGGAACCAAUCAGUGGGACUCAACUUUAAAAUUCAAUUUGCCAUGGAGGACGGUUGUUGAUGAAGCAGCUUUGAUGACAGCUCCGACCUAG